AUGCCUACUGUUCUCAUUACAGGUCUCAACGGUUUCGUUGGCGUACACACAGCCAUCAAAUUCCUCUUUUCAGGAUGGUCAGUCCGUGGAACCGUCAGAUCGUCCGACAAGGGCGAUGAAACUUUGUCUCUGGCUUCAUUGAAGAAGUACGUGGAUGAAGGCAAAUUAACUUAUGUCGUUCUCCCCGAUCUUGUCAAGGGAGAUUAUGGAGAGGCUUUGGAUGGAGUGGAAGGAGUGGUACAUACUGCUAGUCCGUGGCAUAUGGACGGGAAGAAAUGGGAGGAGUAUAGGGAACCCGCUGUUGAGGGAACGAAGAGAUUGAUAAAGCAAGUUGCUAAGGUAUCGAGCGUUAAAGCUCUCGCUAUCGUUUCCUCUUUCGCUGCCGUCGGUGAUACUCAAUCGGACUUUACAACUCUCAAAGAUGUCGUGUACACCGAAGAGGAUUGGGCGCCUAUGACGGAGCAAGAAGCGGAGAAGAUGGAAGCCAAAGAAGAUGGUUCCACUCAAGCAUAUUGGUAUGCCACUUCCAAAAAGUUGGCCGAGCAGACUGCUUGGGAAACGCAUAAAUCACUCGGGCCUAAAUUUGUUCUUGGGACGGUUUGUCCACCAUUCAUCUUGGGUCCAUCGUAUCACCUCCACCCUUCCACUUCCCCAGAUACACUCGACACUUCCACAUCCCUCCUUUUCCAUUCAACGGUAUCCAGCAAACAUCACCCCGUCCCCACUACGACCGCCACAGCAUGGGUAGACGUGCGUGAUGUCGCAGAAGCAUUAUAUCAAAUCAUCUCUCGUCCUAUUUCAGGAAGAUAUCUUCUUUGUGGUGGUGAAUUCGAUUUUGAUAUUGUCGCUAGGACUGUAGCUGGACUUCGACCAGAUUUGAAGACUGCUGUACCGCAAAGGAGUGCGGCGAAGACUCCAUCUGAUAAAGGGAGUUAUAAGUUGGAUGUGGGAAAGGCGAAGAGGGAGCUGGGGAUUGAAUUCACUUCGCUCGAAAAGACUGUCGAGGAUUCAGUGAAACAGUUUGAGCAACUCGAUAUGGUCAUUGCUCCCAAGGCAUGA